AAAGUGUCGGGACUCUAUGAUUCCUUGCCCUGAAGAACUCUCUCUAGCUGUAAGCAAAAAACCCUCCUCGUAGAGCAAUGAGAAAUCCUCUAUUUAAGAAGCCAAAUCAUCGCUCUUAAUCUCCCACAGCUCCCCCAUAGCAAGCACCUUGUGAAUCACUCUUGCGUGCGGUGAUUCGAUAAUCCAUGGCGAAACAUUACUUUGUGAUCAUCCUCGUAGCAAGCAUUUUGUACUCCAUCGGCGAUAUAGAGGCACGAAGAUAUGAUGGUCGUUCACCUCCCCCACCGUCGAGCAAUACCAGUGAAGUAAAACCUUCUAGCGUUGCACUUCCUCCCAGAAAAGGUGGAGCAUCGAGCAGUACCAGUGAAGUAAAACCUUCUAGCGUCGCACUUCCUCCCAGAAAAGGUGGAGUCGACAAGGAGUCUCCGGUUAUCACCUUCGGCGACCCAAUGGAACCAAGCGGUAUGAUGAUUCAGUACAAUCUCGGGUCUUGA